CGUCGCCGCUGCCGUUCCUUUAUGUUAUAUACAUAUACCUAAGAAUCAUCUCGGUGUGUGUGUGUGUGUGUAACGCCGAGUCCAGCAGCUCCCGGAGCCUCGACUAGCCGCUUUAGACUGCCAUAUUUCCGAGCCCCGGCACCCUCAGUUUCCCCUGUUCUGUUCUGGUAGUAGCAUGAGAGUAAAGACCGAGAUGGAUGACGAUGAAAAGGGAAAACUCUUCGUUGGUGGUCUGUCAUGGGAAACCACCCAGGAGAAUCUACAACGAUUCUUCAGCCGCUACGGCGAGGUCAUCGACUGCGUCGUCAUGAAGAACAGCGAGUCCGGUCGAAGUCGCGGCUUUGGCUUCGUCACCUUCAGCGACCCCAACAACGUCAACCUCGUACUCCAGAACGGGCCACACCAGCUCGACGGACGCACGAUCGACCCGAAGCCAUGCAAUCCUCGCACGCUCCAGAAGCCCAAGCGAAGUGGCAGCUUCCCCAAGGUCUUCCUUGGCGGAUUGCCCAGCAAUGUUACCGAGACCGACUUGAGAACCUUUUUCCAGCGCUUCGGCAAGGUCAUGGAAGUUGUCAUCAUGUAUGACCAGGAGAAAAAAAAAUCGCGAGGCUUUGGCUUUCUCAGCUUUGAGGAUGAAGAUGCAGUGGACCGAUGUGUUACAGAGCACUUUGUCAACUUAAAUGGAAAACAGGUUGAAAUUAAGCGUGCUGAGCCACGAGAUUCGUCCAGCAAGAUGAAUGAUUCUCAUCAAGGACAAUGGGGUCCGCCACAACAAGGACCACCAAUGGGAAUGGCAGGAAACAUGGGACCAAUGGGUGGACCCAAUGGUCAAAUGGGUGGACAAAUGAUGGCAGGCCCAAUGGGGCCACACGGUAACAUAAUGCAGCAGUAUCAAGGUUGGGGAACCAAUCCACAAACUGGUGGAUAUGCAGGAUACAGUGCUCAGUACAACACUCCAGGAUGGGGUGCACCUGCUGGACCACCACAGCAACAGCAAAUCCCACCUCCGCCACCUCAUCAGUGGGGCAGCAGUUACAAUGUGCAACCUCCUGCGAGUCAAGCAUAUGGAAGCUAUGGUGGGCCAGCGGCCGCUUCUGGGGGCUACGGGCCCACGGCGGGUACUGGUGGGGCUGCGGGCGGAGGACCAGGAGCAUCCUGGAAUUCGUGGAACAUGCCACAAAAUGGCCCUCCACCCGGGCACUCCAGUCAACCUCCACCCCAGCCCCCUCAGCCCAACUCCUCGCAGCCAAACUCCAACUCGAACCCCUCUGGUCCACCGGGUGACAUGUACUCGCGUCAGACAACAGGCUCAGGAGCUCCUGGUUCAAGUGGUAGCUCAACUAAGACACCCGAUUAUGCUGGUUACACCGGCUACAGCAAUUACGCAGAUACAUCAUAUCCACAGCGUUCUUAUCAAGGUGGAGAAAGCAGCCAAGGUGGGUAUGCUGCCAGCGCACCUAAACCGGGUCCACAAGGCUUUGAUCUCAAAGAGUGGCCCGCCUCAUGACCGUUUUAAUUUCAACACAAAAUUCCCGUCUUCACGGACGUAACAAGCGCCUAAGGCUUAAUUGCCUUGCUCUCGUGGGUUGUCCAUUUACUUUUCAACUCUCGGACCUGAUUCUACCGGCCGGCUACUACUCAUCACUCUACGCUAUCCCAGCAAUGAUCAACGUCUCGCUCAAUAAUUACACACUUUUUAAGUAACAUCACUAUACUGUCACUAUUGUUUUUUUUUGCAUCACGACCCAACAAUGAUAACACGCAGUACAAUCAGUUUUAUCAUUAAUCAUGACUUACAGUGUUUUUUAACAUUUUUUUUUUAUCUUCGCUAAUUUACACAAGUAUACAAACUAUAAACACAAUAUACGUAUUUACAUACACAUACAAAGUGCUCGCGUGAGACUCAAUUCUAACUAUAAUCCAGUCCUUUAUCCUAGCAAGCUUUUACCUUGAUUACUA